GCGUUUUCCCGGUUGACUGACUCGCCCAUAACGUGCUUCGAUCUCGUCGUCGCCGAGCUGCACGAGCAGUGGAUCGUGUCUCGACUUGCCGGUCGACGAAGAGGCUUUGCGAGUAGCAGGCAUUGGGUUUUUAGAUUUGUUUGGAUCCGGAUAUGAUGAGAAGAGAUGUCAAGCGGCUCGAGCCGAGCUUUGGAACACGCCAACCCCUUGACGUUCUGGCAAGUAUAAAACAGGGCCUUUCGCGUUCCUGACUCUUUUGAAGCACCCACUCCCACCCGAUUCUUAAAGAUGUCCCCUGCUGCGCCCAACCCGAUCAAAACCACAGACAAGGAAGGUCGCGAAAUCACGACCGUUGGCUUCGAGCGUUUCGGCUUCGACUGCGAGGUCCCGCUCGAUGUCCUUCGCUCGCUGUAUCUGCGUCCCCACUAUGUCCUUUCCGCCAACGAUCUCCCUCAGGAGGCUGCCCAGCAUGCCCAGUUCACUCAGGGCACGGAUUAUCAGUCCAAGUCCAUCUACCACCCCGAUACCAAAUCCAUCUCGUAUACCACUCUUUCGCGUUUCCCUCCGGUCACUCUUCUCGCUCCUUCUCUGCGGAAGCGCAUCCUUGUGACUGGUGGAGCUGGUUUCGUCGGCUCGCACCUUGUUGAUCGACUGAUGCUCCUCGGCCACGAAGUCACCGUGCUGGACAAUUUCUUCACGGGCUCCAAGACGACCGUCAGUCACUGGGUCGGCCACCCCAACUUUGAGAUGGUCCGUCACGACGUCGUUGAGCCUUUCAUGAUUGAGUGCGACCAAAUCUAUCACUUGGCCUGUCCGGCUUCGCCCCCUCACUACCAGUUCAACGCGGUGAAGACAAUCAAGACUUCGUUCAUGGGCACUCUCAAUAUGCUCGGUCUCGCUAAGCGAACGAAGGCGCGAUUCCUGAUCACUAGUACUUCGGAGGUGUAUGGUGACCCCGAAGUUCACCCCCAGCACGAGGAUUACUGGGGGCACGUCAACCCCAUCGGCCCGCGUGCUUGCUACGACGAGGGAAAGCGCGUCGCCGAGACUCUCACUUACGGCUUCCAGCGCCAGGAUGGUGUUGACGUCCGCGUUGCUCGUAUCUUCAACACUUACGGGCCUCGAAUGAACCCUUACGACGGCCGUGUCGUAUCCAACUUUAUCGUGCAGGCGCUCAAGGGCCAGGACAUGACUGUCUACGGCGACGGCUCGCAGACCCGUUCAUUCCAGUACAUCCACGACUUGAUCGACGGCCUUAUCGCGUUGAUGAACUCGGACGAGACUCGGCCCACCAACAUCGGAAACGGGGACGAGUUCACGAUCGGCGAGUUUGCUGAGCUGGUCCGUGAGAUCGUCGAGAAGGUGCAAGACGAGGAUGGGAUCAAGCGCACCCGCCGCGUCAACAUCAUCCAUGAGCCCAUCCCCACCGACGACCCCCAGAAGCGUCGCCCGGACACGACUCGUGCUAAAGAGUCUUUGGAGUGGCAGCCGCGCUGGACGGUGCGCAUGGGUCUGGAGGAAAUGGUGCGCUACUACAAGGCGAAGAUGGAUGAGGGAAGCUUGUAAAUGUUCUGCCGCAAAAGAAUCCACGCUCGUUAUACAUACAUCCAUAUUCAUUCGCUUCUGGCUAGAACUUUAGACAUUGUUAUUAGUGUACCUCUGGAAUUCAGGAUGGUUGGUGUGCAUGUAA